UCAUUUUGAUUUCAGCUCACAGUACAGCUUUCAAUGGCUAAAGCAUCGGCACUUCUCUCUCUCUUUUUCCUGCUCUUUUCCUUCAUUCUAGGUGGAACUUCGGUGAUGGCAAAUGGGCAGAAAAGUUGGUGUGUGGCUAAGCCAUCAUCGGACCAAGCAACACUGUUGGCAAACAUUAAUUUCGCAUGCUCUAAAGUGGAUUGUCGCGUGAUGCAAAAGGGUUGUCCUUGUUUCAGCCCUGAUAAUCUGAUGAACCAUGCUUCCAUUGCCAUGAAUCUUUACUACCAAGCCAAGGGAAGAAACAAGUGGAACUGUGAUUUCAGAGGCUCUGGUCUUAUUGUCGUCACCAAUCCAAGUUAUGCUGACUGCAUUUAUGACUGAACAUGGGGUGUGGUUUAAGCAGUUUUAUAUGUGAUUCUUUUUUAGGGAAAAUAAGGAAAACUUGUAGCUCAAAUAAUUUUUUCAAAUGUAUGUAACUAAGUAGAGAUUAUUAUAUUUGGGGGGAAAUAAAUUGAUUUUG